CUUGAUGAGGACAUAACUGCAUGCUGAGGUUGUCAAUACUUUGUUCAUAGAAGCCUUUAUAAUGCAUGGGUAACUAGCUCAAAACUACGUGAGUCUGUUAGAGCCAAAAGAACAGAGUUACAACAGUUGAAGCAAAAUUUGAAGCUAACUUCCAUCCUGAAGUAGCAAAUGACAUAUUUGGAAGAGUGGCCUCUUACGGACUGUGAUUACUCCAGCUCUUUGUCAGGGGCUACUGAAGCUUUGAGGGCUAGCACUCUUCACCUUCUUGUUGUUGGUAGGGCAAAGGCUGAUAUCCAAAAUGUGAAGGAUGCCAUUUGUUCAGCUGUUGAUGUUAUGCAGGCUAUGGCAUCCUCAAUAUGUUUAUUAUCAUCAAAGGUUGGGAAUGUGAACUCUUUGGUAGCUGAACUCUCAAAGUUAAGUGUGAAAGAGCGUGCUUUGCUUGAUCACUGCAAAGAUCUCCUGUCAACAAAUGCAGCCAUGCAGGUGACAGAGUGUAGCUUGAGAACACAUAUUGUACAACUAAAGCGUGUACCUCCGAGCUGACAAUGA